AUGUCGGACACGGAUAUAAUAGAUCCGACCCCCACGGGGUUGCCUGACGGUUCUGAUGGGAAGAAUGUUACUGGCGGGGAUGAUGGCGGCGGCGAGUCUGCAGGGCUGUAUGCAUCGAUGUCCGGGGACGAAGUGGCGCUCAUGGUGGCCGAUUCGACCUAUUUCUCCAAUUCGUAUUUGCAGAUUGUGCUUCAUGUUUACAUCUUCGCCCUGCUCGCGGACCGCAUCUUCUCCAUCAAGCACAGGCUCACGUCGCGGGUCUUCAUCGCUGCGGUGGCCGUACAGAUCAUGACCUCAGGUUUCAAUAUCGUAGGCAACGGCAAUGAAUGGUUCUUCGGAUGGACCGGCUCCAUCUUCUUCUACUUUGUGCGCGCCGUGCUGCAGACCGUCGGCCAGCAGCUGGUCAUCUACCUCAACUACCUGCGCGUCGCCGAGCCAUUGCGCAGGCUGAACAGACCGUGGGUGCGCUAUGUCUUCCUGGGUAUUGUAAAUCUGAAUUGGUUGGUCGUGGGCGCUCAUGAAAUCAUGCCCCUGAUCAAUUACGUGGGACACGGGGAGAAUCAAGAUUACAUGUUCUCGGAUGGGCUGCUGUAUUUUUCAAUCGUCUACGCCUUGUUUAUCGACACCCUAUUGAACGGAUACUGCAUGAGGGCGCUAUAUCAAAGCCCCGAGAUAUCGUCACGGAAAACCGGCCCCGAAACAGCGCAUUCGUCCAGCGGCCGCGGCAACACAUUCAAGCUCUUGAGCCCGUCCAGUUUGAGUCGGUGGAUGCGGGACGCGAUCUCCUCCGAGCAACUAUCCUUUUUCAUCGCGUUCUUCCUUCGCAUCGUGCUGUUCAUUGCAGCAGACUCGAUCUACGCCGUGGCGCUGAUUAGGAAAUCGGACGUGGGGGAUGUCUCGAUGGAAGGCUUGGUUUUGUGGGGGUUGGGCAUGGCGCUGCGCGUGCUGAAGCCAUAUCUGCUGGUCACCGAUAUGGCGCGUAUAAGGGUGCUGAUGGCCGCGUUGCCGAGGCGUGGCCAGGACGCCAAUGAUGGUGUGACCUUCGAGAAGAAGCAGGGCAAGGCUAGCACCACCUCCGGGGGGAAUGGUCACAGUCACGCCGAUGGAACGAAGACGAGGACAGGUCUCGGGCAGGAGUCAAUUAUGCCGCCGAUGGGCCAUGGGACGGCAAGCCCGACGCACUCGAUGAUGUUGGAGUGCGCUGAUGCAAAGCGUGAUGGGUAUAGCGGGGUAGAUGCAAGGAUUCUCAAAUCGAACUCAUUGGAAGGGAAUAGGCAUGGCGGGUCGGAUGAGGAGAAUCAAGGCAGCCAGGAGAUAUAG